GCCUCACAACGCCACCGCUGCCUGACCCACCCGCCCCAUCUGUCAGUUAUACCGGGACUUAGGUGGUGGUUUUCACGGGAAAGAUAGCUAUGUCGGAGGUACGGAAAUUUACCAAAKGGUUGAGUAAACCUGGAACGGCGGCGGAACUUAGGCAAAGUGUCUCGGAGGCUGUGAGAACAUCGGUGAUUGUGGAGCAGCCUAAGGUAAUUGAGCCUUUGGACUAUGAGAACGUGGUGUUCCAGAGGAAAGCCCAAAUCCACAGUGACCCUCAGCGAGACCUCCUGCUGUGUCCUGUCGACGACGUCUCGGAGUCUCGGAUCUCUCGUCAGAGGAGGACCGUGGUUCCCUCAGUGCCCCAGAAUGCAGAAAGGGACGCCAAGAGCCUGUUUGCCAAAGAGUGCAUCAAGACGUACAACAUGGACUGGCACGUCAUAAACUACAAAUAUGAAGCCUACUCUGGUGAUUUCCGCAUGCUCCCAAGUAAAGGCCUGAAGACAGACAAGCUUCCAGCUCACGUGUUUGAGAUCGAUGAAGACGCUAAAGAUGAGGACUCGUCCUCUCUGUGCUCUCAGAGGGGUAUCAUGAAGCAGGGCUGGCUGCAGAAAGCCAACAUCAACAGCAGCCUGUCUGGCUCCAUGAGGGUGUUUAAGAGGAGGUAUUUCUACCUGUCCCAGCUGCCGGACGGCUCCUACAUCCUCAACUCCUACAAGGAUGAGAAGAAGUGCAAGGACACCAAAGGGUCCAUCUACUUGGACUCCUGUAUAGAUGUUAUUCAGUGCCCUAAAAUACGUCGUAACGGCWUUGAGCUAAAGAUGCAGGAGCGCUUCAGCCACUUCCUGGCUGCGGACAGCGAGGCGGAGAUGGAGGAGUGGGUGAUCACCCUGAAACAGGCCCUGCAGAGCAGCACUGAGGGAGGAGACCGGAAGAACGGAGGAGACAGCCUAGACUGUGCCCUGGAUGAGGACAGCAGCAGCCAGGGGAAGGGAGAGAGCCUAUUGGAGAGUCUGGGGAGGAGCCUACACCCUGAACUCAUAAAGUAUGCUAGGGAAACCGACCAGCUCAAUAAAUUCAACAGGAAUGAAGGGAGACUAAAGCUGUUCUCUCUGGACCAUGAAACACAGAGGUUGGACUUCUCGGGUAUAGAGCCUGACGUGAAGCCGUUUGAGGAGCGUUUCGGCCGACGCAUCGCUGUCAGCUGCCAUGACCUCACCUUCAGCCUGCAGGGCUGUGUCAACGAGAGGGGGGACGGGGUUCUCACCAAUGUGGAGCCGUUCUUCAUCAGCCUGGCUCUGUUUGAUGUGUCUAAGAGCUGUAAGAUCUCCUCUGACUUCCAUGUGGACCUCAACCCCCCCUGUGUACGAGAGAUGCUGAACGACACCUCUCAACUCUCCCCUACAUCAGAGGGAGGAGGUGGCGGUGGUGGUGGAGGAGGAGGAGUGAACAGUGAUGCAGGGAAUGGGAAUGGUCUGCCCAUUCUACAGAGGGUGUCUGAGUCUCUGCUGCGUUUCCCUACUCAGGGUAUCUUCUCAGUGACCAACCCCCAUGCUGAUAUUUUCCUGGUGGCCAGAGUGGAGAAGGUCCUACAGAACGGCAUUACACACUGUGCUGAGCCCUACAUCAAGACCUCAGACAUCAACAAGACUGCCCAGAAGGUUCUGAAAGCUGCCAAGCAGACGUGUCAGCGCCUGGGCCAGUAUAGGAUGCCCUUCGCCUGGGCUGCCAAGCAGGUGUUUAAUGAUGCCCAGGGCAGUCUGGACAUGGACGGGAAGUUCUCUCCUCUCUAUCGCCAGGACAGUAGCAAGAUCUCCACCGAUGACCUCAUCAAGAUGCUGGCUGACAUCAGGAAGCCAGAGAAGAACAAGCUGCAGAUGAUCCCUGGACAACUAAAUGUCACCAUCGAAUGUGUGCCUCCAGACUUCUCAAACACGGUGACCUCGUCCUACAUCCCAGUCAAGCCCUUUGAGGAGGAGUGUGAGAGGGUCUCUGUGGAGAUGGAGGAGUUUCUCCCGGGGGAGGCCAAGUACAACUACCCCUUCACUGUCUUCAAGAACCACCUGUAUGUCUAUCCCCUGCAGCUGAAAUACGACAACCAGAAGACCUUCGCCAAGGCAAGAAACGUAGCGGGCUGUGUGGUGCCAUUCGAAGCUCGGACGAAAGAAGGCGCGGCCCCCUCUAAGUGUAUCUACGGAAAGCCAGGGGAGASACUCUUCACCACCAGUGCCUGUGCGGCCGUCCUCCACCACAACCAGAACCCUGAGUUCUAUGACGAGGUGAAGAUUGAGCUGCCAGUCCAUGUUCAUGAGAAACACCACAUCCUCUUUACCUUCUACCACAUCAGCUGUGAGAUCAGUACCAAGACCAGCACCAAGAAGAGAGAGGGAGUCCAGUCCCUGGUGGGCUACUCCUGGGCCCCUCUGUUGGAAGAUGGCAGGAUGCAGUCUAUAGAGCUACAGCUGCCUGUGUCUGCCACCCUGCCCCCUGGAUACCUGUAUGACAAGACCCAGGACGCCAAGAAGCCAGCGCCAGAUAUAAAAUGGGUAGAAAACUGCAAGCCCCUUUUCAAAGUGAAGACCAAUGUAGCUUCAACAAUAUACCCUGAAGAUCUGCACCUCCACAAGUUCUUCCAGCACUGCCAGCUGAUAAGGUCCUCCUCAGAGGGCAACCCAGCAGAACUCAUCAAGUAUCUUAAGUGCCUGCAUGCCAUGGAGGCUCAGGUGAUCAUUAAGUUCCUCCCCACUGUGCUGAUGCAGCUGUUUGAGGUGCUCACCACGGCAACCAAAGAAGCUCAAGAAAUCGCUGUCAACUCCACCCGUGUGAUUAUACACGUCGUUUCCCGGUGCCAUGAGGAAGGACUGGAAAACUACCUGCGCUCUUUUCUGAAGUAUGUGUUUGUGUCUGGGAACUCUGGGACCACUCAUGAAGUCCUGGCCACCGCAGUUACAGCCAUCCUCAAACAGACAGCAGAUUUCAACACCAGCAACCAGCUGCUUCAAGGUUAUUCUUGGUUCUUCUUUGAGACAAUGGCCAAGUCCAUGGCCCAGUACCUCCAGGAGGGCAACAGGAUCAAGAUGCCCCGUGCCCAGAGGUUUCCAGACAGUUUCCACCAGGYSCUMCAGUCCYURCURYUGUCCAUCAUGCCUCACAUCACCAUCCGCCAUGUUGAGAUCCCAGAGGAGGCCCGCUGUGUCAACCUCAGCCUGGCUGGCUUCAUCAAGCGCUGUCUGACCUUCAUGAACAGAGGCUUUGCCUUCAGCCUGGUCAACGACUACAUGUGUGCCUUCACACUCAAAGACCCCAAGGUCUUGACGGAGAUGAAGUUUGACUUCUUGAUGACGGUGUGUAACCACGAGCACUACAUCCCGCUCAACCUGCCCAUGGCCUUCGGCCGCACCAAGCUGCAGAGAGUACAGGACCAUAGCCUGGAGUCUGCGCUGACGGAGGAGUACUGUAAGAACCACUUCCUGGUGGGUCUGCUGCUGAGGGAGGUGGCGGAGGCCCUGCAGGGGUCACCAGAAGUCAGACAGCUGGCAGUGGCCGUGCUGAAGAACCUGCUUAUCAAACACUCCAUGGAUGACCGUUACACCCAGAACAAGAACCAGCAGGCCCGGAUCUGUCUGCUGUACCUUCCACUGCUUGAGCUGCUCUACCAGAACCUCAAGCAGCUGUCUGCCCAGCAACACACCUCCAGCCCUGGCCUGGGCUUCACCGGUUCCAGAGAUGACUUGAGAUCAACCAGCUCGAUGGACAGCCGCAGGACUAGCACGGCCAUCGAUAAAGACCACGGUCCAGGAGAUCAGAAUGGCCACCUGGUGAGGAGGGAGGACUCCAGAGGAUCUCUGUUCAUAGACCCUGGCACUCCAGACAGCUUUGAGCUUCACCGGCGGGGCUCCACUAUGAGCAGCAGUACUACUCUCCCUCCCAUAGGCAGACUGGGCCACUAUGAAAUCAAAGGACUGCUGCUGUGUUUCCUUCACAUCGUCAGGACCAUCUCAGAAGACACCCUGCUGGCCUACUGGAACAAGGUCAACCCUCAGGACAUCAUCAACUUCCUCAGUCUACUGGAGACGUGCCURGUGCAGUUCCGCUAUGUUGGAAAGAGGAACAUUGGGAGGAGUCAGGAUGCCUGGGUAUCCAAGCUGUUCUCGUCAGACAUGAAGAAGCAGACCAUGCCUGUGAUGCGCUGCAGAGCCGGCCUCAUGCAGGUCAAACUGCAGCAGUUUAGCACCAUAGAGACCGCUCUCACACUCAACAUAGGGGCUGGUCCGUCAGAGGCAGAGGUCCAUCACCAGGCUCUGUUAGAGGGUAGUAUCUCUACAGAGGCCUGUCUCAGCGUACUGGAUGUCCUAUCACUCUUCAUUCAGUGCUUCAAGAACCAGCUGCUGGACAGUGAUGGCCACAACCCCCUGAUGAAGAAAGUGUUUGAUGUUUAUCUCAAAUUCCUGAAGGUUGGGCAAUCAGAGGCUGCCCUCAAACACGUCUUUGCCUCCCUCAGGGCUUUCAUUAACAAGUUCCCGGUGGCGUUGUUUAAGGGCCGUGUGACUCUGUGUGCGGCUCUGUGCAAUGAGGUUCUGAAGUGCUGUGUAUCUAAGAUGGRUCUGCUGCGGGCCGAGGCCUCCGCUCUACUCUACCUGCUGAUGAGGAACAACUAUGAGUACACCAAGAGGAAGACCUUCCUACGCACUCACCUGCAGAUCAUCAUCGCAGUGAGCCAGCUGAUCUCAGAUGUGGCGCUGACCGGUAGCUCCCGCUUCCAGGAGUCCCUCUCUAUCAUCAACAACUUUGCCAACAGCGACAAAGCCAUGAAGUCGACAGCGUUCCCUGGGGAGGUGAAGGGACUGACGAAGCGUAUCCGGACGGUGCUGAUGGCCACGGCCCAAAUGAGGGAGCAUGAAAAGGACCCAGAGAUGCUGCUGGACCURCAGUACAGCCUGGCUCGCUCCUACGCCUCCACCCCCGAGCUGCGACGCACCUGGCUGGAUAGCAUGGCCCGGGCACACAUCAAGAACGGAGACCUCUCUGAGGCUGCUAUGUGUUACGUCCACAUUGCUGCACUGGUGGCAGAAUAUCUCCACAGGAAAAAGAUGUUCCCCAGUGGCCUGGCUGCAUUCAAGAGGAUCACUCUGAACAUUGAAGAGGAGGCUGCCAUGAAGGAGGACACAGGCAUGCAGGAUGUCUACUACACUGAGGAGGUCCUAGUGGAACACCUGGAGCUGUGUGUGGAGGGGCUGUGGAAGGCAGAGCGAUACGAACUGAUCACACACAUCGCCAAGCUCAUCAUCCCUGUCUACGAGAAACGGCAUGACUUUGAGAAACUGAGCCGUCUGUAUGACACGCUGCACAGAGCUUACAAUAAGAUCCUGGAGGUGAUGCAUACAGGCCGGAGACUGCUGGGGACCUACUUCAGAGUGGCCUUCUAUGGACAGGGCUACUUUGAGGAGGAGGAUGGGAAGGAGUAUGUUUACAAGGAGCCCAAACUCACAGGUCUGUCGGAGAUCUCUCAGCGCCUUCUAUGGCUCUACGGGUACAAAUUUGGAGCUGAAAACGUCAAAAUCAUCCAGGACUCCAGCAAGGUCAACCCCAAAGACCUGGACAUCAAGUUUGCUUACAUCCAGGUCACCUUCGUCAAGGCUUACUUUGACGAGAAGGACUGUCCGGAGAAGAAGACAGACUUCGAGAAGUGCCACAACAUCAACCGCUUCAUGUUCGAGACGCCGUACACGCUGAUGGGGAAGACACAUGGCGGUGUGGAGGAGCAGUGCAAGAGGAGGACAGUGCUCACAACAGCCAACACGUUUCCGUAUGUGAAGAAGCGUGUGGAGGUGUUGGGGGAGAAGCAGGUAGAGCUGAAGCCUGUGGACGUGGCCAUCGACGAGAUGCAGGCGCGCACCGCCGAGCUGACCAAACUCUGCUCCUCCCAGGAGGUGGACAUGAUCCAGCUGCAGCUCAAAUUGCAGGGCUGUGUCUCUGUACAGGUCAAUGCAGGUCCUAUGGCGUACGCCAGAGCCUUUCUGGACGACUCCAAAACCAGCAAGUCCAACAAUAAGAAAGCCAUAGAGCUGAAGGAGGUGUUCAGGUAUACAUCAUCCAUGAACAGAUUUAAGGAGUGCCAGAUCGUCCAGGAGGAUAUGAUGCAGUCACUGCUCCAGAACUCCUUACAUGUAUUCCGUGCUAUCAGUGCGACGACUACAGACCUGGGCUAAAGUCUACAGACCACACAUUUUUCACACAGAGUAUAGCUAUUUUUCACACACACACACGCACACAUGCAUUCUCCGCCAGCUGAACCUAAACCGGAUCUGUCAGCUUCCUGGUAAUGGCUGUCUUUUGUUAUGAUCAAUGCAAAGCUGUUGUUGCCUUGCACACUGCAUCAAAUGGCUUGGUUGCUUGAGAGAAGUGGAAACAUAACAUUACACUUAAGUGCUGGAGUCUAUCCUGCUAUGCUCUAAGGUUGCUUAUGUUAUAGGAAAAAACAAACAGUAACCAACCCAUCUGUCUGUACACUCUUAGAAAAAAGGGUUCCAAUAGGGUUCCAUGUGGAAACAGUUCUACAUGGAACCAAAAUAGUUGUA